GACAACAACCCGCCAAAAGUCCAGCACUGUGACACUACGGCUGGUCAAGCUGAAUAACAAGUGGGAUUUUCGUUUAGGAAGCGCUGCUGGCAUCUGAGAGCUCAGCAUGGCAGUGCCUUUUGUGCAAGACUGGGACGUUGUUCAGACUCUUGGAGAAGGAGCUUAUGGAGAAGUCAGGUUGCUGGUAAAUAGACAGACGGAGGAGGCUGUUGCAGUGAAAGUGAUUGAUACCAGUCAGUCCAAAGAGUGUGCUGAAAAUGUCAAGAAAGAAAUCUGUGUCCAUAAGUCUCUCAACCACCAAAACAUUGUGCGCUUUUAUGGCCAGCGGCAUGAAGGGCCCAUCACAUACCUUUUCCUGGAGUACUGCUCUGGAGGAGAACUAUUUGACCGUAUUGAGCCUGAUGUAGGAAUGCCAGAAAAAGACGCCCAUCGCUUUUUCAAACAGCUUACAGGAGCUGUGGAGUACCUCCACAGCAUCGGCAUCACUCACAGAGACAUCAAACCUGAGAAUAUUCUGCUUGACGACAAAGAUAACCUGAAGCUGACAGAUUUUGGCUUAGCAACACUCUUUCGCUUCAAGGGACGAGAGCGUCUUUUGUCCCGUAUCUGUGGGACAUUACCCUAUGUGGCCCCUGAGCUUUUAAGCCAAACCGAGUUCAGAGCUCAACCAGCUGACAUCUGGGCCUGUGGCAUAGUGCUUACUGCUAUGUUAGCUGGAGAGUUACCUUGGGAUCAGCCAAGUGAAAGCUGUCAAGAGUACUCGGAUUGGUUGCAAAAAAAGACCUACCUACCUCCUUGGAAAAAAAUCCAACCCAUGCUUCUCGGUUUAUUGUCCAAGUUACUGCUACCAGACCCUGACAAGAGGAUUAGCAUUUCUGACAUUAAAAAUGACCGCUGGUUUACUCAAGGUGUCAAGCCACCACCACCAGGAAGCAAGCAUCUUCGCACUGAUCCACCAUUGUCCCGAACCAAUAGUGAUGACCGAAUGCAGUUCUCCAGCUCUCAGCCUGAUUUUGCCCUGGGAAGUUUUGAGAAUACAUUUAACGGCUCAAGUGAUGGUCUGCUCAGCUUCUCUCAGCCAAUCAAACCUGAACACAUGCUUCUUGGAAGUCAACUUGUGGCCACACCUGGAGCCAGUCAAAAUCCUUGGCAGCGAUUGGUGCGGAGAAUGACCCGAUUUUUUACUAAUGUGGAUGCUGAUGCCUCUCUGUGUGCCCUCAAAGAUAUCAGUGUUAACUUAGCUAUUACCUUUAAAAUCAACUGCACCAAACAGGUGACGUUGAGUACGCUGGAUAAACGUAACAACAAAUUAAUUUUCAAAGUUCAUGUGUUAGAGAUGAAUCACAAGGUGCUGCUGGACUUCAGGCUGUCUAAGGGAGAUGGUCUUGAGUUCAAACGUCUGUUUGUUAAGAUAAAACAGAAACUUGGUGACAUCAUCAGCACCCAAAAGAUUUUGUUACCACUCAACUGAUCUCGUGAUAUAGCUGAUAUUUUGGUGAAAAUCACACUCUAUGGACUGACAAACUUAUGUAUUUGUGUAUAUAUGUAUACACAUAUGUACAUAUUAAGGUGUUCCCUGUUUCAUUGUUCUGGUCUUUGUCUGUUUUUAUCAAUGUACCACUUUUUGUAUUUCUGAAAAUGUGAACUUUUCUAAAUGUUGAUUAUGUUUAGGUUUGAAUAUAAAUUACCAAUUACCAAUUGGUCCCAUGUUUUAGUGUUGUGUUCACUUAGCUUUGUUUGUUUGGAUUAUGUAUGAUACGAUAUAACUCAAAGUUUUGGAAUAAAUUAUUUUUAAAGAUC